AAUAUCGUCACAAAUACGAGUGUAUAAAAACACUGCAGUAUAAUAAGUGCACAAAUUAAUACAUGUUCGAGCGUCGUUUAUAAUAACGUUAACGAUUGUUAUGACUGUUAUUUUCGUGUGAAAAAUAAUUUAAAAUGAACUCUACGUGGAUAGACGUGGACAUCAACCCACCGAUCAAUCUGCAAACGUACAACUGUUGUAUGAUGCUGUCCGAUGUCCACGGCGACAACGAUAAUAAAUUCGUGGUCGUAGAUUUCGGUUCGGGAACGUCUAGCCCGCAGUUAAAAAUAUUCAAAGGGUUGAAACAAACGCACGUGAUAUAUUUGAACGAAAAACCGUCAGCUAUUACAACCGUAUACACGGAUAACAGUGAACAACACAUACCAUGUGUAGCUGUAGUGAUAAAAAACGAGAUAUACUUUUACCGAAAUUGUAAGCCCUAUCAUAAAUAUUCAAUUCAGUCGACGAUAAUAAGAGAUACCGAAGAAUGUAAAUUAUGGCAAGAGAGUGAAGAUGCGUUCGAUCUGCUAAAACGUUUGCAAGUGUUGUCAUCGACCAUAGGAUUCGUGAGUCUAUCGACAACGUCACAGCAAAUGUUAUGCUUAAACGAGUGUCAUCUAAACGAAUAUUUUGAGAAGUGCAGAAAAAUUAAUCUAGUCAAACAACACAACAUAACUUGUGUUACGGAGUUGAAAAGGAAUACGAGCGAUGUACACGGCGUCAGUUGUCUGGUAAUAGCAACCACCGACAUGAUCAGCAUACUCGAUACUGAAUCGUUUAAAAUUUUACCCGAUAAAUAUGAGUUGCAGGGCGAAACAGCAUACAUGUCUGCUACUGGGCUGUACGACGUCGACUAUAAGAUCCUCGUAGCCACAAGAACGGGUCGGCUUUACAUUUUUUCUAAAUCGUCGACGAGCGGCUUUAAAGUCGAAACGACACAUGCGAUCGUGGCCGUAAUACUCCGUAUCGACAAGUUCAUCUGUUGCACUAUAGACGGACUUUUACAGUGUUAUACUCUGAAGUGUGUAUCUUUGUGGAACGUUAAAUUACCUGGAGAUCCUACGUCCAUGGUGAACAUGUACGUGCAAAGUAUGUCACUCGAGAUGACAGUCGUGUCGUGCAACGUGAUCAACGCUGAUAGACACACCAGGGGGUUAGUUCUAAUGUAUUGUGGUUCAACGAUGAUCCACAAGAUUUCUAUGCCAGAUCCAGUGACUUGCAUCACAUUUGGGAGAUUUGGACAAGAGGAAAACGCUCUGAUCAUGAUUACUACCAACGGAAAAGUAGACAUAAAACUCUUGAAACGAACAGCGACGUUCGACUUGUGUGUUCGGCCGACGUUGGCAGCGCACGUCCAAGGUAACUUGAGCAUACCCAAGAGAAGUAAUGUGUUCAUAGAACAGACUUUACGAGAGAGAGAACACUGUAAGGAAAUGCACGUACGAACUCAGCAAACAUGGCAACUGCUGCAAAUAGUAGUGUCAAACGAACGGUUGAAUUCUAUCAAACAAAAAGUUACAAGCCAAUUUUUACACACUUCUGCUCAACUUUUAGGUCUGGGUCCGCGUUUCAAAAUCCGUUUCUUUUUGAAAAAUUUGGGUAAAGAACCUUUGAUGGGCAUCAACGUUGCGUUUUUAUACAACGCUCAGUAUCAUAGUAUAGAAUCACCACGUUGCAGGGUGCCGGUUAUUGUUCCGGGGACGGAAAUCUAUUGCGAGACGUUCGUUACUUGUUGCACGUACGGUAGUUCCGACGACCGAGCAAUAGACAUCAUAGUCAGCCGAGGAACUAACGUGAUGUAUAGAGCAAAAGUCAAUAUGCCAGUCUAUAAUAUUCAAACCAGUAAUCUUAGUGAGGAGUUAAACGACAUUAUGUCAUAG